AUGCAGACUGCGUCUACAAACAAUUGUGAAAGAAUGAGUUGCUCACUGGAGCUCAGUGAAUUCAAGCGUGGUACCAUGAUAGGUUGCCACCUGUGCAGUAAGUCCAGCCAUGAAAUUUCCUUGCCACUAAAUAUUCCACAGUCAUCUGUUAGUGGUAAUAUAACAAAGUGGAAGCAACUGGGAACAACAGCAACAUAAAAUGCCAGAGUGGGGUUAGCGCAUGCUGAAGCACACAGUGCACAGAAGUCGCCAACUGUCUGCAGAGUCAAUAGCUAAAGACCUCCAAACUUCGUUUCCAGUGAAGGGAACUCUUAAGGCAUCAGCAUAUCAAGACAUUUUGGACAAUUUCAUG